AUACCCAGAAGUCCGUUUCCGUUCCCGUUCCCGUUCCCGUUCCCGUUAUUGCAGUAAACCCGAUAUUGAGGAUCGGGAUCGGCAGCAGCUUCUUCCUCGUCUCCUUCUCAUCUCCAUCUCCUCCUCACCGAAGAAACAACGAAGAGAGAGAGAGAGAGAGAGAGAGAGAGAGAGAGAGGCGACGCUCGAAGAGAUCGCCCAUGGCGACCACCGCCUCCGCCGCCUCCGCCGACGCGGUGGCCGCCGCCGACUGGGACGAGCUCCGCCGCGAGGCGCGGCGUCUCGAGGGCCAGCUCGACGUGCGCCUCUCCUCCUACGCCAAGCUCGGCGGUUACUCGGAUUCGAGGAGCCCUACGAGCGAGUCCUCGCAGUGGAAGUCGAUGGAGAUGGAGAUCCAGACGCUCUUGGAGAGGCUCGUGGACGUCAACGAGGAGAUGGGGCGGUGCGCCGCCGCCGCCGCGCCCGCCUCCUCCAUCGCGCAGAAGCUCGCCCGGCACCGCGACAUCCUCCAUGAGUUCACGCAGGAAUUCAAGCGUACUAGGGGAAACAUAACAUCAAUGAGAGAGCAUGCUGAACUUCUUACCUCAGUGCGCAAUGACAUUAAUGAAUAUAAAGCGUCCAGCACCAUGCAGUCGGCGCCAAAUCUGUUAAGAGAACGUUCCGCUAUACACGGAAGCAUUAUACAGAUUGAUGAGGUAACUGAUCAAGCUGAGACAAUAAAGGCAGUAUUGGCAGCUCAAAGAAGCACUUUUGGCGAUAUACAAGGGAAAGUAAAGCAACUCAGCGACAGAUUUCCUGUAAUCCGUGGUCUCCUAGGGGCUAUCAAGCGUAAGAAGUCAAAGGAUACUCUAGUUCUCUCAGCUGUUAUUGCUGCGUGUACGGUGUUUCUGUUAAUUUACUGGAUUGCCAAGUGAUAUCGAAACCUGACUUCUUACUCUCAUUUGAAAAGGGGAGAAACAAUGCACUCGCUUCAUAAUCUCGAGGUUUACCGUCGAGUUCUUCUUCUCUAAAUGAGUUAGUAGAGAUCUCAGCAGCUCUUGGGGGCACUUGUCCAGUUCUGGAUGCCACAAGGAGUACUCGAAGGCCGGUUGCUGGGCUCGCUGGAGCUCAACGCAGGGCUCCUUUUUGCGACCCGUGUUCUUGCCGCUUACGUAGUCAUCGGGGGAUGCGACUUGCUUGAUGCUGCCGCUGUUCUUGGCACCCAAGUACAGCUCAAUGAGCUUCUCCACAGCAGGCUGAUCCUUCGGUAACGUCGUGGGUUCGCUGGUGCUGUUAGGUGGGUAGCAUAUCAUGCAGACUUGAACUUGACACAGGAUUGAGAGCUCAGAUGCCUUCUUGAGAAGUCCUUUUAGUCUCUUACUGGAGGAUUGGCUCUGAGCUCUUUUCUGUUUACUGCUGCUAGCAGGUUCCAUCAUGUAAACAAAGGAUUUAAACCGAUGGUUUGGAGGGUUUUCCUGGGUUAUGAUCCUGUGACAAAGAAUACAUAAAUUGGUAACUAUAGUUUUGAAAGCAAUGAGUGUACAUGCUGGGCAUUAUGAAAAGAUAUUAAUUAUUAUAUUGUUUGUACAAUUUUAA